GUCCAUGCAGUUCCACGUGGCAAAGAUUGCAUCUUUGUGGUGAAACUAGAUAUUCGGGUGAAACAAGAUACGGUGUCUUAUAAGUUAGUGUUCUUGUUCCUGUACAUUCUUUGUUGCGAGAAAAACAACAACAGGCAAAAGAGUUAUCUGACGUUGCCGAGACAAUGGUAUUGGACCUGUUGCUUUUCCGAGCGGAUCAGGGCGGAGACCCGGACAAGAUUCGGGAGAUACAACGAAAGAGGUUCAAGGACGUCAGUCACGUCGACAAGGUCAUAGAAUACGAUGAUCGAUGGAGAAAACUGAGAUUUCAGAUGGAUAACUGCAACAAGCUCAAGAACAUGUGCAGUAAAGAGAUUGGUCGCAAGAAGAAGAACAAGGAACCUGAUGGAGACACUGAGACACUGCCCGAGGACUUUAGCCAGAAACUGGACACCCUCACUGUAGAAGAUCUCUCACCCCUCACUGUGCUACAAAUUAAGCAGGUUCAAAAACUGAUAGAGGAAAGAAACGAAAAAGCAAAAGAAGAGAUCAAAGUUUGUGAGGAAGAGAGACAUCGUUACCUUGUAUUGAUCGGCAAUAUAGUCCACCCCUCCGUUCCCGUUAGCAACGAUGAGGACAACAAUGGCAUAGAGCGUCUGGUGGGAGACUGCACCUCACGUAAGAAGUACUCGCACAUCGACCUACUGCACAUGAUCAACGGAGUGGAGACUGAGAAAGCGACCAUUGCUGCUGGCAACAGAUGCUACUAUCUCAAAGGAGCUGCUGUUUGGUUGGAGCAGGCUCUGAUCCAGCUGGCUAUGAGGGUGCUCCAUCGUCAUGGCUACUCGCCCAUCUACACACCGUUCUUCAUGAAGAAGGAGGUCAUGCAGGAGGUGGCACAACUUUGCGACUUCGAUGAGAUGCUGUACAAGGUGAUCAGUAAGAGCAGUGAGGUCGCUGAAGACACUGCUGUGGAGGAAAAGUAUCUUAUAGCCACUAGCGAGCAGCCAUUGUGUGCACUGCACAGGGACGAGUGGUUGGACCCCAAGGAACUGCCACUAAAAUAUGUGGGUGUGUCCACGUGUUUCCGACAGGAAGUGGGGUCGCACGGACGAGAUACUCGUGGGAUAUUCAGGGUUCAUCAAUUUGAGAAGGUGGAGCAGUUCUGUCUGGCUAGUCCCCAUGACGAUGCCUCUUGGACACUGAUGGACGAGAUGAUUGGGAAUGCAGAGGAGUUCUAUCAGAUGCUCAAGAUUCCAUACAGAGUUGUCAACAUUGUUUCUGGAGAGCUAAACAAUGCAGCUGCUAAGAAGCUGGACUUGGAGGCGUGGUUUCCUGGCUCGGGGGCGUUCCGUGAGUUAGUCUCGUGCUCCAACUGCACUGACUACCAGUCGAGAAGGCUGCAGAUCAGAUACGGACAGACUAAGAAGAUGAAUGCUCAGCCCGAGUAUAUUCACAUGCUGAAUGCAACCAUGUGUGCCACUACCCGUGCCAUCUGUGUUAUCCUGGAGAACUAUCAGACAGAGGAGGGGGUGCAGGUCCCUGAGGCACUCAAACCUUUCAUGCCCCCAGGACUAGAAGAGCUGAUAAAGUUUGUGAAGCCAGCUCCUAUUGAGGAGGUGGCUAGCAAGAAGAAAGCAAAGGCUAGCGGUGCAGGAAAGAAAUGAACAAUAUAGAAUAAACUGAACUAAAUCAAUCGAACAGAACGUUAGCCAGAGAAUCCAUUGAUGUGAAUAUCUAAAUUUUUAUACAAGUCAGCAUAAUAACUGUUGUUUGUGAUGA